AUGGUGACAACAAGCUCAGCUGAAAUUGAUCAAGAAUCCAACUAUGACAAGACAAGUGAACUCAAAGCUUUUGAUGACACAAAAGCUGGAGUGAAAGGAUUACUAGAUGAUGUAAUAACCAAGAUUCCAAAGAUAUUCAUUCAUGACCAAAGAUCAGACGUUUCAAGUGAUUCUGAUCAGUCCGCUGUUCCUGUAAUAGACUUAGAAGGCAUAGAUGAAGACAGAAGUCAACAUGCAAAGGUAGUUGAGAGAGUUAGAGAUGCUUGUGUCAACUGGGGUUUCUUUCAAGUGGUCAACCAUGGAAUCCCAGUUAGUGUUUUGGAGGAAACGAUUGGUGGGGUAGCUAAGUUUCAUGAGCAACGUACCGAAUUGAAGAGAGAAUGGUAUUCAAGGGAUUAUACAAAGACGGUUUGUUAUAAUUCAAAUUUUGAUCUUUAUCAAGCCCCAGCUGCCAAUUGGAGAGAUACUUUAAGGUGUGAUAUGGCUCCUCGCCAACCAAAUCCCCAAGACUUCCCUCAUGUAUGCAGGGAUAUUAUGAUUGAUUAUUCGAAGAAAGUAAUGAUUUUAGCACGUACGUUGUUCGAAUUGCUGUCGGAAGCGCUAGGGCUCGAACCUAAUCACCUCAAAGAUAUAAACUGUGCAGAGGGACUGUUUAUUCUGGGCCAUUACUAUCCAGCAUGUCCUGAACCAGAGUUGACCUUUGGCACCAGCACCCAUUCUGAUAGUAGCUUCCUAACUGUACUUCUACAAGACCAAAUUGGUGGCCUCCAGGUCCUACAUGAAAAUCAUUGGGUUGAUGUUGCCCCCAUUCCAGGAGCUCUUGUCAUAAACCUAGGAGAUAUGUUACAGUUGAUUUCGAAUGGCAAUUUUAUAAGUGUCCAACACAGAGUGCUAGCAAAAACUGUUGGCCCAAGAAUUUCAGUGGCAUGCUUUUUCAGACAAAACCUUCCUGCUGAGAUGGCCUCAAGACUGUAUGGGCCAAUCAAGGAGUUGCUAUCAGAAGAAAGUCCCCCAAUUUACCGAGAAAUCACUGUAAAGGACUUGGUGACCCACUACUAUGCCAAAGGACUCGAUGGGAUCUCUGCUUUAGAACAUUUCAAGCUGUGA